AUGGUAGGUGGUCAGAUUCGGUAUUCUAUACCAGAGGAGAUGAAGAAAGGCUCUGUUAUUGGUAACGUAGCGCAGGAUCUUGGUUUAGAUCUCAAGAGGCUCCGGUCUGGGCGGGCGCGUAUCGUGACCGGAGAAAACAUUCACUACACUGAGCUGAAGGCAGACAAAGGGAUUCUAGUUGUGAAUGAGAAAAUAGACCGAGAGCAGCUUUGUGGUGACGUAACUCCAUGUAGUUUCAACUUUGAGGUGAUUUUAGAAAACCCAAUGGAAUUGCACAGAAUAACUGUUGAGGUUUUAGACAUUAAUGAUCACGCUCCCGUCUUCCCGAACAGAGAUACGCCUAUCGGCCUUGAAAUAAGUGAAUCGGCUGCAGUUGGAGUGCAGUUCCCACUGCAGAGUGCAGAAGAUCUAGAUGUGGGGCAAAACGCGUUGCAAGAUUAUAUCUUGUCGCCAAACAACAAUUUUAUAUUGAAGCAACAUGCGAAUCCAGAUGGAAGUAAAUAUGUCGAAAUGGUGCUUCAGAAGCCUUUAGACAGAGAGCGACACCCCCAUCUGUCUUUAAAACUCAUCGCUGUUGACGGAGGAACACCACAGAGAUCGGGGACGGUAAAUAUAGAUAUCACUGUGUUGGAUGCGAACGACAAUGUCCCCGUGUUUAACCAAUCUGUGUAUAAAGCAUCUGUGAUGGAAAACACAAUAAAAGGCACCAGUAUAAUUACAGUAAAUGCCACGGACGCGGACAGUGGUUUAAAUGGAAUCAUUACUUACAGUCUGUCAAAGACGAAAGGAAAUGCAGGGAAUGGAUUCAGUAUUGACGAAAGCACAGGCACAGUUUCUGUUUCUGGUCAAAUAGAUUAUGAAAAAGACAGAAAAUACGAGGUCAGAGUGGAAGCAAAGGAUCAAGGUGGACUAACCGGGACAAGUAAAAUUACAAUAGAAGUGUUGGAUGUCAACGACAAUGCCCCCGUUAUAAACAUAAUGUCAUUUUCUAGCCCCAUAUCCGAGGAUGCAAUUCCUGGUACAACUGUUGCAAUAUUGAACAUAAAAGAUGCUGAUUCUGAAAAAAAUGGGCAAAUACAAUGCUCUAUAGGUGGCAAACUCCCCUUUAAGAUCGAAUCCUCUUUAACAACCUAUUACAAUUUAAUCACCGAUCAAUAUUUUGAUAGAGAAUCUGUCUCCGAAUAUAACAUAACAAUAACAGCUACUGAUUUAGGCUCACCCCCACUUUCUAGCUCAAAAAAUUUGCAUCUUAAAGUGUCUGACGUUAAUGACAACGCACCUUCUUUUGAUAAAAAGAGCUAUUCUGCUUACGUCACAGAGAACAAUUCCCCUGGAAUUUCAAUCUUUGAUCUCAGCGCACGAGACUCUGAUUCGAAUCAAAACGCGCGAAUCUCGUACCUUUUAGAGGAUACACAGGUCAGUGGUAGUCCACUUUCCACUUAUGUAUCUCUAAACUCUGAAACUGGAGUUCUUAGAGCAGUUCGUUCUUUUGAUUAUGAACAAAUCAAACAGCUUCAGCUAGUAGUGAAAGCGCAAGACGGAGGCUCCCCUCCACUCAGUAGCAACGUGACUGUGAAAGUGCUGAUCCAGGACCAGAACGACAACCCUCCUCAGGUUCUGUACCCGGUCCAGACUGGAGGCUCUCUGGUGGCUGAGAUGGUUCCUCGUUCAGCAGAUGUGGGCUAUCUGGUCACUAAAGUGGUGGCUGUUGAUGUGGACUCUGGACAGAAUGCCUGGCUCUCCUACAAACUGCAGAAAGCCACAGACAGGGCGCUGUUUGAAGUGGGCUUACAGAAUGGAGAAAUAAGAACCAUCCGCGGAGUCACUGAUAAAGAUGCAGUGAAACAAAGACUGACUGUGAUCGUGGAGGACAACGGGCAGCCCUCUCGUUCAGCUACAGUCAUUGUUAACGUGGCGGUGGCGGACAGCUUCCCUGAAGUGCUGUCUGAGUUCACUGACUAUACACAAGACAAGAAGUACAAUGACAACCUGACCUUCUACUUAGUGUUGGCUUUGGCUGUAGUUUCCUUCCUCUUCAUCACGUGUUUAGUGGUUAUUAUAUCAGUGAAGAUCUACAGAUGGAGGCAGUCUCGCGUCCUGUAUCACUCCAAUCUCCCCGUGAUUCCGUAUUAUCCACCACGUUACUCAGACACUUUGGGGACAGGGACUCUCCAACACGUGUACAACUACGAGGUGUGCAGGACGAAUGACUCCAGAAAGAGUGACUGUAAGUUCGGCACAGUCGGUAGUCAGAACGUGCUGAUAAUGGACCCCAGUUCUACAGGAACGAUGCAGCGGAUGCAAAGUGAGAAGAACAUCCUGGACGAACCAGACUCUCCUCUAGAGGUGAGUCAAAUAAUGUUGCAUCGUCUCCAUGCCGUUAAUUCCAUUGAAAUUGCAGUCCUACACUGUGCGUUGGUAUUUAGCCAAUUUGGAUUCCAUCUGAUUCUUUGA